UCAAUACCCGCGGACCAGUCUGACGUAGGUCGUCAAUGCAUAGCUUACUACAGCCCGGUUGUACGCCGCUCAGUGACUGUGGAGACGCGGCGCGGUCACGUCGUGUUGCCGCCUCUCGCGCCGGUUAACAAUAUUCCAGUAACCAAAAAUUCAUAGUGCCGUGAAACUACAGUUUGCACAUACUAGUGAAGUGCUAACCAAAAGUCAGAUACUAUCACGUGUUACGCGUAGUGUUAUCUGCAGUAACGUGUGGCUCCUAGCUUUACUAAUAUUAGUGUACUGACUAUCGGCGGUGUGUGAUGUGCACUGUGCACCGGCACCUGUGAAAUGUUCAUCAAGGCCGGGCCGGGGACGGCCGAGCAGGAGCGCCGAGGCUCGGUUUCCAAUUGGUUCUCAUCGCUGCGACGUGGUGCUGGACGGCGUAAGCGUGAAGAAUCCGCUGUGCCCGCCAGCUAUGGCUCGUUAGGGCGGCGGAAAGAUGGCACUCAACCGCGAGGCAAGACCAGAUCAGCCUGGGACCUUACCACCGUCACGAGACUGCAACUCAAAGAUGAGCUCGGAGAAGUGGUUGCCGAGUUGGAGGCCUUGGACGGCCAGGAGGAGUGCAAGCAGAACAGCAAAGCCAAACAGAUGAGCAUAGGCAGGAAGAAAUUUAAUAUGGACCCAAAGAAAGGUAUCGAAUACCUGUAUGAAAAUGGACUACUACAGAGGACACCAGAGGAUGUAGCACAGUUCCUGCACAAAGGCGAGGGUCUCAGCAAAACAGCGAUAGGAGACUACCUUGGGGAACGCUCAGAGUUCAAUGAGGCGGUGCUCAGAGCGUUCGUGGAGCUGCACGACUUCACGGAUCUGAUACUAGUCCAGGCUUUAAGACAAUUCCUAUGGAGCUUCAGAUUGCCGGGCGAGGCUCAGAAGAUCGACCGUAUGAUGGAGUGCUUCGCGCAGCGCUACUGCCAGCUCAAUCCUGACAUCUUCACGAAUGCUGACACGUGCUACGUGCUUAGCUUCGCGAUCAUAAUGCUCAACACCUCGCUACACAACCCCAGUGUGAAGGACAAGCCCUCGCCGGAGCAGUUCGUUGCUAUGAACCGGGGGAUCAAUAAUGGCGGCGAUCUGCCCCAGGAGUUGCUCUUGUCAUUAUACGAGUCUAUAAAGACGGAGCCCUUCAAGAUACCAGAGGACGACGGCAACGACCUAAUGCACACUUUCUUCAACCCGGACAAAGAGGGCUGGCUAUGGAAGCAAGGCGGCAGAUACAAGUCAUGGAAGAGACGGUGGUUUAUACUGAACGACAACUGCCUGUACUACUUCGAAUACACAACUGACAAGGAGCCGCGAGGCAUCAUUCCAUUAGAAAACAUAUCCGUGCGGUGCGCGCACGACCGCCAGAGGCCGCAUUGCUUGGAGUUGUAUGCGAGCGGCGGCGCCGACCUCAUCAAGGCGUGCAAGACCGACUCCGAAGGCAAGGUCGUGGAGGGCAAGCACACCGUCUACAGAAUGUCAGCGUCAACGGCGGAGGAGCGAGACGAAUGGAUCGAGUGUCUGCGACGUUCCAUCAGCCACAAUCCCUUCUACGAUAUGCUCGCGCAGCGCAAGAAGAAAGCGCAGCAUAACGCGCACUCUGGCGCACACUAGCUCUCGUGAUAGUGUGCUAGUGUGAAUAGUGAGCCCACGGAACGCUGCCAGCCUAUGCUCGCAAAGCUACCUCACUUCUGAAGCUCUAAAGCCCGUUUUCACCAUCAAACCCUAAUUUUUAAGUGACCCCUAUGGUAACAUAAUAACAAGCAUUUUGUUUUCAUAGGGGUCAUUUAAAAAUUAGGGAUUGAUGGUGAAAAUGGGCAUAAAGCUCUCAAACCACCUCGACGGUAGUUCGACAAUGGCGACAGUAUACACGUUGACGAGCCAUUGAGAACACGCUGUCCGGUACAGCCGUCUAAACAGUGAUUCGAGUGACGUAUCUGUGUAGUUACAUAGGCUGGGACUAUGGACAUAUUUGUUCGGUUGCGUAAGCGUUGAAUCGUUCAAACUGACAAUUGCGUAAACACGAAGUACCUUGCGGUAUGAAUCAUUGAUAUUUUCGAUUCUAGUCGUGAUCAUCUAGAAGAAUCGAAAGGUUGUAGCCGUCUUAUGGAAUGAAUGCAAGAAUUUUCCAUUGUGGUCCGAUGAAUACGUUUGCGAUCGAUGUACAUCUACAAGGAAAAUUACUACUUAGAUAUUUAUUGCAGAAUUGAGGUGCUGAUUAAAACGCAUUCACUCAUUUCGAUUUGAUAAAAUGCAAUGCCGUCCUUUUCACAUCUUUCUAAACUUUCAAGUAGACAGCUCGCCUAUUUGAGCUAUCAAGCAAGAAGUUUAGGGAAUGUAUUUCACGAUCAGCCCCAAGUAUGUAUAAACUAAGGUUGCACACCCAUUAUGCUCGCCAGAAAUGAUUCAAAUGAUAAACAAACCUCAUGUUAAUGUGUUUGCUACCUUAGUCUAUAAUACUUUUAGAAAAUCUUUAUAGGAUACGCCUAAUACCACCGAGGCCUAAAGUGAUAGAUAUCGUUUUGAUGACACCUAAAACAAUGUUUUGAUCAAUUUACAUACAAGCCUAGGGCUUAUCUGAUUAGAUAACGCUGUAAUCAUGCCCAGGCAAAUUGAAAAACGGCGUUCAUCACAGAUUAUACCAUUCGAAAAUGAUUUGACAUCAGUGAUUAGUAGUCAGGUUUCAUGAUAAUGUGAUAUUGAGGGUCAUGAGAGCAUGUGGUAGAAAUAGACUAGCGUUAGUGCAUCGUGCAUAUCAUACGCAGCGCUCGUCGGAGCAGCUUCAUGGCUGAACGUUAUUGCUGUCCAUGUAAAUAACGAAUGAAAGACUGAAACGAUAUAAGGCAUCUUAAAACAUUGAUUUAUCAACCUAACGCUAACUUAUGUAGGUGUGUGUACUGCCAAUAUGAUUAUUGAAAAUGUGAAGUAAUUUUUAAUUUAAUUGAAAUAUUAUUUAAUGCUUCCGCUCGUUGCCUUGACAAUAAUACGUUACUUGGCAUUACUAGCCGACACGUGUGAAUGUGUCGAUGGGUUUUUGUAUUCAAUGAAAGUAUUACUUUAUCGGUAUAUGUAAUGUGAAUGAAUUAUUACAGAAUAGUGUAAAAAAUAUGUAUAGAUUAGUAUAAUCUAGUGUAAAGUAAUUGCCAUCGCUUUAAUCUUAUGAAGAUGUAAAUAUGGUUUAAUUUACCUGAAUUAUAUAAAGUAAACAGUUUUCGUUUCCUAGAAGAAUUUUAGAUAACAUUCCUGUUUUCCAAUAGUGAUUUAUAUUUAUUCCUCUCUAAUUCUAUCUGAGCCUUCAUUUUCCAGUAAUGUAAAGUGUAUUUCUUUAUAUUUGUAUAUAUUGUCGUCUCUCUUUCUAUAAGAUUAUAGAAAAUAUUACUGUUUUACCGAUUGUCUAUGUUUACGUUUUGUAUGUUCAAGCGUUUUAAAUAUUAAUGUAUUGAAUUUGUCGGCUUGUUGAAUUGUUCAAUGUUCGUUCAUGUUUUGUGGUAUGCUUAAAGUUAGUGCAAGUUCUGUCACAAUGAAGUAAAGAGGAUAUCGAAUGAGCCAUAUUUGAGUAGCACGGUAUUUGGUUGAUGUUGAAUUGCUAAUAUUAUGUUUUGUUGGGAGAAUGGUGCCUAAAAUCAAUCGAUCUGUAACUAGAGUAAUUAUUAGAGUUAGUAUCGUUAACAAACGCGCUGUAUAUUCGCCACAGAAAAUGUUAAUUUAUCUCAAUCGUAAUGUUUUAUAUGACAACUGAUAUUG